GUACCUUGGGCCACAGUUCUGUGGGUUCCUGAGUAAUAAGAACGGACCGUUCGCUAGCUGUCACGCUAAGGUUUCAGUUGAAGAGUUUGUGUCUGACUGUCUCUACGACGUCUGCAUCAAUGAAGGACGACAGAAGGUGCUGUGUGAGGCUCUGAGCACCUACAUGGCAGAGUGCCAGGAAAAUGACGCAUCAGUAGCGCCAUGGAGACAACUGGCAGGCUGUCCUCCUCCGUGUCCUGAAAACAGUCACUACGAGCCGUGCGGCUCAGCGUGUCCGCCCGGCUGUGGACCUCAGCCUGAGUUCUGCACUAAGAUCUGUGUGGAGGGCUGUUUCUGUGACGAAGGAUAUGUGAAAAGUGGAACAGAGUGUGUGACCAAGGAGAAGGGCUGCGGCUGUGAACAUAACGGACAUUAUUACAAGCCAGAUGAGGAGUUCUGGGGCGACUCUGAAUGCAACGACAAGUGCGUGUGUGACGCAGCAACAAAACAGGUGACGUGUAAGUCAGUGGGAUGUCAGGCCGGAGAGAUGUGCAGCGUCGUAGACGGAGUCCGGGACUGUUAUCCAAUCAGCUUUAAGACGUGCACAGCACGCGGAGACCCACACUACUCCUCCUUCGAUGGACGCAAGUUUGACUUCCAGGGAAACUGUGUCUACAAGCUGGCUGGUGUGUGUGGAGACACUAAAGGACUGAAGGACUUUGAGGUAACUCUGGAGAACAACAACCGCGGCAACAAAAAAGUGUCCUACGCCAAAGUGGUGACACUUAAUGUCUUCGGCAAAAAGUUCACACUCUCACAGGAAAACAAAGGCAAAGUGAUGGUGGAUGGAGUGAUAGAAUCUCUGCCAUUCCUGUGGAAUAAAUCACAGGUGCAGGUUCAUCGCAGACACAGAGAGGCCGUCAUCGAAACACACUUUUUAAAGGUCUCCUUUGACUAUGUGAGUUCAGUGAGGGUGGAGCUGGCUUCUAACUAUAAAAAUGCAGCCUGUGGUCUUUGUGGAAACAUGAACGGAGACCCAGCGGACGACCUGAUGCUGCUCGACGGGAAGCAGGCCAACAGCGCCACGGUGUUUGGAAUGAGCCAUUGGGUGGCUGAUGUGAAGGGAUGCUCUCAUGAGUGUAAAGACUGUCCUCCACCCCUCCCCGUUGACUUCAAACUGCCUGACUACACUAAGGCGUGUGACGUGAUAACAGAAAAGGACGGACCCCUGGCUGAAUGUUCAGAGCUCCUGGAUUCCAAACAGUACCACCAAGACUGUGUCUACGACAUUUAUCUAAAUGAAGGCAAACAGGAGGCAGCCUGUGACAUCAUCAGAGACUACGUGGAGGAGUGUCAGAGGAAACAAGGCAACGUCAAACCGUGGAGGACAGAGAACUCCUGCCCGAUGGACUGUCAAGCCAAUAGUGAUUACAGUCUCAGUGCUCCUGGCUGUCCAAUCACCUGCGACUCCUUAUCUCAACGUGCCAACUGUAAAGUCGCACCAAGUGAGGGCUGUGUGUGUCAACAUGGAUACGUGCUGAAUAAGGAUCGCUGUGUGAAACUGGCUGAAUGUGGCUGUUUCCUUGGUGGUCGUUACCUCGAGAUUGGUGAGGGGCACUACGACGAUCACUGCGGUUUAUACUGUAAGUGUUUGCUCGGGAUAAGGAUAUGCACACUAAAACCCUGCGGCCCCCAGCAGAAAUGUGGUGUGGUGAACGGAGUGAGGGGCUGCUACUAAUCAGGGAAUCAUCAAAUCAAGUUAUUUAGGAGAGAAUAUAUCUAUCUAUGUUGUGUUUAUACCUUGGACUAUCAGCUAUAAUAAAGAUUCUUCUGCGGUAACAGAAUUAAUGUUGUUCAGGAGCCCUUAUCCUUAAUCAGGUUGACUUAUAUGACAUAUUUGAAAAUUGAUUUAAUCAUUUUUGUUUUUUUCUGUCACUUUCGUUCCUCUGUUUAAAAUUAAGCAGUAUGGUAUGGUUUUGAUUACAUAAUUACCUUUGAAUACUGCAGCUAAAACCUCAUCAGGUACUCAUGGAUAAUAAUAUUCAUAUCAAAGGAAUGCUGUCCAUUACAUCAACCCUGCAGUACAUCCUACUCACAUGGCGGCUGUAAUGAUCGUUUGUAAACCCUGUGUGAAAUGAUGCUAAACAUUAUAAUCACCAUGUAGGAAGCAGGAUAUUGAUUGCACUGAGUGUUUAAUUAUGUUACACAAAGCCUUUACCAUCACUAGAGAAACUCUUGAUGAUUCUUACCUUGUUAUAACUCACAGUAAAAAAUCACAGUAAUCAUCUUUCCCUAUGAUAUUUCCUUCCAUGCACACAUUUAUCUGCAGUGAACUGUACAAUCAAUAGAUGUCAGUCUUUACUAAUCAAGUAUUUCUAAUGACCAUUAAAUA